CGGGCUGCUUUGGUGCGCCUGCUCUGGCGGCAGCGCGCGCAGGAACGAGGACGGCGGGCGCCAGUUUCCCCCCCGAGCGUGGCCGGGGAGGCAGGGAGAGCGCUCCGCGCGCAGCCCUUCUGAGCCUCGCAGACCGCGAAUGGGGCUGAGCCCGAGCAGCGCCCAUUGAGAAGAAAGAGGCGGCGGUAGCGUGCGCGAGUGGGAAGACGGGGCCGGCCAGCCAGCCAACGCUUGCCGCAGCAAUGCAGCAAGUUUUGGAUAACCUUACGGAUUUGUCUCCAUCAACAGGAGCUGAAGAAAUAGACCUUAUUUUCUUGAAAGGAAUUAUGGAGAAUCCUAUUGUAAGGUCACUUGCUAAGGCUCAUGAGCGACUGGAAGAUUCUAAACUUGAGGCUGUGAGUGACAACAAUCUAGAGUUAGUCAAUGAGAUUCUUGAAGACAUCAGUCCAUUGGUAAACAAAGAUGAAAACAUUGCUGAGUUGGUUGGUAUACUGAAAGAACCACACUUUCUGUCCCUUUUGGAAGCACAUGACAUUGUGGCAUCAAAGUGCUAUGAAUCUCCUCCCUCAAGCCCAGAAAUUAAUAAUUCUUCGGUGAACAAUCAGAUAGUACCUGUGGAUGCUAUUCGUAUACUUGGCAUUCACAAAAGAGCAGGAGAGCCAUUGGGUGUUACGUUUAGGGUUGAGAAUAAUGAUCUGGUAAUUGCACGAAUCCUUCAUGGAGGAAUGAUAGAUCGGCAAGGUCUUCUACAUGUGGGUGAUAUCAUUAAAGAGGUUAACGGUCAUGAGGUUGGGAACAAUCCAAAAGAGUUGCAAGAACUUCUCAAGAAUAUAAGCGGUAGUGUCACUUUGAAGAUUCUUCCUAGCUACAGAGAUAAUAUUAUUCCCCAACAGGUAUUUGUGAAGUGUCAUUUUGAUUAUAAUCCAUAUAAUGACAACUUGAUUCCAUGCAAAGAAGCAGGACUAAAGUUUUCCAAGGGAGAAAUUCUUCAGAUUGUAAAUCGAGAAGAUCCAAAUUGGUGGCAGGCUAGCCAUGUCAAAGAAGGAGGAAGUGCAGGACUGAUUCCUAGUCAGUUCCUGGAGGAAAAAAGGAAAGCGUUUGUUAGACGGGACUGGGACAAUUCAGGUCCAUUUUGUGGAACAUUAAGCAGUAAAAAGAAGAAAAAGAUGAUGUAUCUCACAACUAGGAAUGCAGAAUUUGAUCGUCAUGAAAUUCAGAUAUAUGAGGAAGUAGCCAAAAUGCCUCCAUUUCAGAGAAAAACACUGGUCUUAAUUGGAGCCCAGGGAGUUGGUCGAAGAAGUUUGAAAAACAGAUUUAUUGUAUUGAAUCCCACCAAAUUUGGAACCACUGUGCCAUUUACAUCACGAAAGCCAAGGGAUGAUGAAAAAGAUGGGCAAGCAUACAGAUUUGUGUCACGACCUGAAAUGGAAGCAGAUAUUAAAGCAGGCAGAUACUUGGAACAUGGGGAAUAUGAAGGAAACCUUUAUGGCACCAAAAUAGAUUCUAUCCUCGAAGUGGUUCAGACUGGAAGGACGUGCAUUUUGGAUGUGAAUCCACAGGCCCUGAAAAUACUCCGAACAGCAGAGUUUAUGCCCUAUGUUGUUUUCAUUGCUGCUCCAGAGCUAGAGACUCUGCGUACCAUGCACAAAGCAGUGGUGGAUGCCGGAAUUACAACCAAACUUCUAACAGACACUGAUUUGAAGAAAACUGUAGAUGAGAGUGCUCGGAUCCAAAGAGCUUACAGCCACUAUUUUGAUCUGGUCAUUGUUAAUGACAAUUUAGACAAAGCCUUUGAAAAACUGCAAAGUGCUACUGAGAAACUGAGGACGGAACCACAGUGGGUCCCCAUUAGCUGGGUCUACUGAUGCAAGCUAAGAUGGCUGCCAACAAUAAACAUUAUACCCACAGAACAUUGUACAGAAUACCAGACAGUUACAGUUGCAGCAGCAGCAUCUGAUACAUUUUUACUCUGUGUAUAUUCAGAUAGUGGUAUGCUAUUCCAGAUUUUUAUACAAAAUGUUGAAAGGGAAAGUGUACUUAAAUAUGUAAUUUAUUUUAAUUUUUCUAACUUUUUACCGAUAACCUUUCUAU